UUUAUUCAUUGAAAAAAAACAUUAAUAUGCAUUAACGAUUUUCUAUCGUAAACUUUUGACUUUUCUCUGUGAGUACGAGGGUGAAUAUGUUUUUAAAAAUAAUUGGAACAAUUUAAUAUGAUUUUCAAUAGGUAAAAAGGAUGCUCUAGAAGCAAAGAUCGCAAAAAAAGAGCUUCAAUAAUCCCUGAUGAACAAUUGCGUACAGAAUCGGAAAAUGAGACGAAAAUGCAGAAGAAAUUGGAGAAGUACUUGAGUUUGGUUGUCACUAAACUGGACGAUAACUCUAAUCCUGAUAAUGUCUUAAAGACUACAGAAAAAGUAUCAAAAGAAAAUUCUCAAGCGAGUUUAACAGAAGAUGAAAAAGAUAAAUUUUCUGAAUCAAAAGUGGUCGAAGCAGCUAAUUUUGAAGAGGAUGAAACAGAAGUCGAGGAAAACAAAUCAGCUGACACAGAAGUAAAAGACGUAGUAGCUCGUAGUGUACAGGAUGAAAAAAAAGUUGACAAAAAACAAACAUCUUGCAGUAAAUUAGACCAUGAUGCGAAUGAGAAAGUACCUGAAAGUCAGAAGGAAAAUGAAGCACGAUUAAAGAAAAAGCCAAAAACAUCUAAAGUAAAGAUUAUUAGUGACAUUAAAAUACCUUCACGCAAGGAAUUAGAAAGUCAGAGUAAAGAACUGGAAAAGAAAAGCAAGCAGAUUUUGUGGUUGGAGCAGAAAAUAAAAAAAUUGCGAAUAGAAAACCAAGAUUUAUUAAAAAAUAAUGCUCAGUUACUUGAAAAAAAUAGAUCACUAAAGAAGGAAGUAACGAAGUACGUAAGUUUAAACACAGAUUUGCAGAAGCAAGUAGUAGAGAAGAUGAAAGAAUUUCAUGGAUGCCGUUUCAAAUUGCAAAAUUCCUGGAGGACAUUGCAGUAUCAACGACAAUAACGUGAACAAUUAUUCAAUCGCAAGUUGGAAAUUCUGGAAUCGACAUCGAUCCCAAAAAGAAUUUUGUCUCUAUUGGACGAUAUCGCGAUUCUGACAAAGCGUAUCACAUAGGUCGAGAUACAUGGAUAAUGG